GUUUGUCAACACCACUCGAGUGGUAUCUGCGUUGUUCUAAGCAUCAGCUAUGUGAGAAGCACGUUCUGCUGCGAACUAUCCUGCAUGGAUAAAUUCCGUUUAAUCGUUAAGCCACAACAGUCACCGCAUUACCACAACCAUGUCCUCACCGUGUUCGCCGGCGUCAUUCGCGGACGAGUCGCACGCGCUCCCCAAGAGCUUCUAUCCCAUGCUCAAGAAGCUUCUGGGUAACCUUUUCGACAAGAAUUUCGCGUUUGAGAAGGCGGAGAGCUGGAAGCUUCCUGCGUCCAACCAUUACUUCGCGGAGGAUUACAAGAUUGACAGUCUCCAGGUGCUGAAGGGGAAGCUGAACGCGGUCAAGAGCAAGCUGAACGACGUUCAAAUCGAGGAGUGGAGUGCCCAUACGCGCCGGCGGAACCCUUCCGGCGAGGUUGCUUGGCGGCUGAAGAAUGCAAUUGAGGCGGAGUUCGUUACUCAGGCGUGGUGCAAGUUCUUUGAGUGCCUGAAUCGAUUUCCUAUUGUGCUGGGCCCUCGGUUGAAUAGCAUCCAUUUGUGUGAGGCCCCUGGAGCGUUUAUUGCCGCAUUGAACCAUUACUUGCGCUCCAAUUACCGCGCAGUCGAGUGGAAAUGGCUGGCGACAACCUUGAAUCCUUACUACGAGGGGAACCCUCUGGCGAACAUGGUGAUAGACGACCGCUUCAUGCUGCAUACCCUGGAGAACUGGAUCUUCGGCAAGGAUUUCACUGGCGAUAUUAUGAACAAGGAGAACAUCCAAGACAUGGCUUUGAAGGCCACUCAGCUAGGUGACAUCAACCUGAUCACGGCGGAUGGAUCGAUUGACUGCAUGGAAACGCCUGAGUGUCAGGAGGAAGUGGUGUCCUCCCUUCACUACGCAGAGACCUGUGCCGCGCUCCAUAUGCUUUCACCUGGAGGAAGCUUCAUUCUUAAAAUGUUCACCCUUUUCGAGGCGACGUCAGCGGCGCUACUGUACCUCCUCAACUGCUUGUUCGAUAGAGUGAACCUCUUCAAGCCAGCUACGUCCAAAAGUGGCAACUCCGAAGUGUACGUCGUGUGUGUUGGCUUCAGGGACGACGACUGCAAUUUCCCAGCGGUCCUCGCUGCAAUGAUGGACCACUUGCAGAGUCCACAGCAUUGGCCGAUUUUCGCCUACCACGCGUUACCCGCUGAUUUUCUUAGCCAGCUGGAGAACGGCGCCCGAUUCUUCAUGCACCAGCAAAUUAUGGUAAUUCAUCGAAACAUCGCAACAUACAGGAAUCCGGGCCGGGCGGACGGCAAGCGGUGCAAGCUCAUAAGAACACACGUGACCAAUCACUACCUCAACAUGUACAACGUACGUAAGAUCCGCGAUGACGAAAAGAUCCUUCAUCCAAGGCAUGCUUCGGUCCAAUACUACCAGCACUCGAGAAUCUACACGGGGUCGUUCACGGAACGUCAAUCUUUGGGCUGUAAAUCUGUGGGGGAGAAGCUGGCGGCCUUUCGUAGUGACUUGGAGUCGUUGGAGGCGAAGUUGGCUUGGACCUACACGACAGACUCUGUCCCAGUUGAGCAAAACAAUUAUGAAAUCCAAAUAUACCGAGGAAAGCCAGUCGAACAAGUUUACAGUAGUCUCUUCCUUAACAUUCUCCUGAUGCACCUCAUGAAUAAGAUUCUCAAAGCUGCACCAAACCACGGCAACAUGCCAUUCCACGUUUCGAUGGAUUCCAAUGAAAUCCAAUUCGAAACCAAAGAAAUUUCGCUGCGGAAAAACUUCGGCUCCAUCGAGCGACAAUUUUUUAAGGAACUUAUUGACAAUUUGGUUGAGCUGCAACCGCAAUCCGUUUUAAUUCGAGGUUUUCCCUUUCUGACGCACUUCUCCAUGUCGUUUCUGUGUCUUUUGACGAACGUUUUCGAGAAAACAACUUUUGACUCUAGUCGGACCAUUACUUUAGAACGAAUCCAAACCAAAGGCAGGGAGCACCUGACGCGGGUCAAGGACGUUUUUGAGGAGAACAAUCAAAUAGACUUCGCGUUGUGCUUGAUGGAUAUCAAAGAGCUGCAUAGCGACCCGAUAAGUGAGGUCGCAACCAAUUACAAUAACCAGAAUUGCUUGCAGUACUGCAGGCUUCUGAUCGAGAAAAGUACGUAACGGGGAGGGUGUUCAGGUUUGCAUUCACAUUGAUAUGUUUAUAAGAAUGUAAGUGUGCUAAUGUAUGUAACGCGAAUAAAUAUCAUAUUUUUUAAGACUUUAAAA